AUGGCUCAACGCGAUAUGCGACACACAGCCACUCUUAAGGUUUUUGGCACCAUCGAGAUCCUAGAGGCUAUUCUUCUACACCUAGAUCCUAAAGAUCUUCUCCUCUCUCAGCUGAUCAGCACGCGCUUCAAAUCAAUCAUUUCCACGUCACCAGCCAUACAACAACGGCUUUUCCUUUCUCCAGCUCCAGCCAGCACGCCUCCGCAACUCAACCCCGUGCUCGCAGCUCUCUUCCCUGUGUUCUUCUCCCUAAAACGACCGGUUGAUAUAAAUCAGUUCUAUCAGCUACACGACACUAUUGGGAAACAAGAGUGGUACAUAAAUGAGUUCCAGCGCCACAAAUUGCUGCGACCAGAUGCAUCGUGGCGGCGAAUGUUUCCUUUGCAGCCUCCUGCCAAGCUCGACGAAAUAAGGAUAUUUUCCUACGAUUGGUGUCAAGCUCAAGCCGGUCGCCGUACUCGUGCAAGACUUGGCAGAGACCUUCAACCCAUGCAAGAGCCUGGCAUUAGAAUGGGCUUGCUAUAUGACCUAGUAGUGCAUUUCAACAAAUUACACCCAGACCCGGAGUUCUACGUCCAUUGGGAAAUGUUUUCGCUGCAACCUGGUAAGGAAGAAUGGCAGGAGGAACGUAGUCCCUAUGAUGACGGCAUGGGAGCGGUAAGAUCUGAUUAUUAUCCUCUCUUCUUAAGGGAAAACUUGAACGAGGGACAGCAGAAACUACAGCACAAGAUUACAUUGUACUAUCAACAUGAUGCUCUCUGCGGUGUCACUGAACCACAGCCACUUUUGGAUAUUGAUUCAACCAUAACUUCGAUGGCUGAGAAGAAUCCCACGGGAAUGCUUCAUUUUGUCACAGAUCCAAAUAUAGAACUAACCCAUUGGGAUAUAUAUAUCACAGCAGAAGAUGUAGAUCGGAUAAAAAGAGACAGAACAGAAGAAUGA